UGAGUGUCAUCCAUACCACCAUGGCGAGGCACAGAGGAGUCCGAAACCGGCAGUUCAGCUAUGACGAGGGAGAUGAAGACUACUACGACGAGGAGGAGGAGGACCGACUGGUAGAGGAGCACAGGCUGCGAAUGCUCCAGGCUAGGGGCGACACGGCAGACGUCAGCAGCAACAGCAGAGGCGGCGGAGGCGGUGGAGGGAUAUCCCUGUCGUCCUACUUCGACGACCUUCCCGGCAGCGCACCACGACAGCAGCAGCGACAACAGCGGGCGUACGACGGGAGAGAACCACCGGGACACUCCGAUCGGCACGCCCCGGAUAAGCCGCCGCAACCGGGCGGAGACGACGAGGCAGCGGACGCCGAGCUCGUGGCCGCCAUUGCUGCCGAGCUUGAGAGUCGCCUCGGGGCAGGCCGCUUCUCGUCCGAGCAAGUGCGGCUGGCGGUAAGGACAAGCGAGUACGAGGUGGAUACCGCGGAGGUCAUCCUCCUGAGCGCCAGCGAAGCGUCAUCCGAACCUCAGGUUCAAUUUGGAGGCGGCAACAGCAACAGUAGCCAUCGCACCGUCACAGCAGCAACCACUGCGGUUGUACCACCACCCCCAGGACUUCCGCCAGACGCUACCGUCACCACCGCCGUCCCUGCAGCCGCAUCCGCCGCCGCCGCCGCCGCCGCCGUUGGCGUGCAGCGUUUCGACUUCGGCACACCGUCACCAGACGACCUCAAUCUAUCCAAGCAAGCAGCAGCACGAGGAGGAGGAGGAGCCGGAGGCCGAAAAAUAGACAAUUUUUCCAGUCAAAAGGCAAAGGUGGUGCACAUCUCCGACACGGCGCCCAAGAGCACCGCCGCCGGCCGCCAGUCCAUCACCGGCACGCCGACGGCCGCCGCCGCCACGCGGACUCCGACUAAGACCCGGGUCCAGUCCCCGACGGGCGGAGGAAUCUCCGCGCCGUCCCCGCAGCAAUCCGCGGCGGCGGCGGCGGCCAUGGACGAGAGCGACGACGCGCAGGCUGGGGGAAAGGAGCGGCUGGCGAUGGUCGUGAUCGGACACGUGGACGCCGGAAAGAGCACGCUCAUGGGACAGGUGUUGGUGCAGAUGGGCCAGGUGACUCAGCGAGCGCUGCACAAGCAGGAGAAGGAGGCCAGAGAGGCUGGGAAAGCGAGCUUCUUCUUGGCAUGGGUGAUGGACGAAGACCAGGAAGAGCGGGCCCACGGCGUGACGAUCGAGGUUGCCCAGAAGCACAUCGAGACGGAGACCAAGCUCGUUACCCUCCUGGACGCGCCGGGCCACCGAGACUUCAUCCCCAAGAUGAUCAGCGGCGCGAGCGCGGCCGACGCGGCCGUGCUGGUCGUCCCCGCGGCCGUGGGCGAGUUCGAGUCCGGUUUCCAGGCGAACGGCCAGACGAAGGAGCACGCGAUGCUCGCCAAGGCCCUGGGGGUCAACCAACUCCUGGUGGUGGUGAACAAGCUGGACGCGACGGAUCCCCCGUGGUCCGAGGCGCGCUACGAGGCGGUCAAGGCGGAAGUCGGACCGUUUCUCGCAAGGACGGGGUUCCGGCCGAAAAAGGUGCGAUUCUUGCCAGCGUCCGGGCUAUCGGCGGAGAACGUCUCGAAGAGGACCGAGGGGGGGGCGCUAUCGUCCUGGUACGACGGCCCCACUCUCCUGGAGGCCAUCGACUCCUUUCAGGCGGCCCCCCGGGCGAUCGAUAAGGCGUUCCGGAUGUGCGUCGCGGACGUUACCUCCUCAGGAAAGGGGGUGUCGGUGUCAGGGCGGGUGGUGCAAGGUCGCUUGCGGUCCGGCGAUAAGGUGGUGGUGAUGCCUCUCGAAGACCCUGCCGCGGCGGCCCGGCUCGAGAGAAACGGGGCGCCGGCGAGAACGGCGAGGGCUGGGGACAACGCGGAAGUAACCCUGUCCGGCGUUGAUCCCUCCCGGGUGGUAGUGGGGAACGUGAUGUGCAUGGCCGGGGGAGUGUUGCCGGCGGUGCGGAGGUUCAACGCCCAGAUCGUAGCUCUUCCUGCGUUAGAGGUUCCUAUCAUCAAGGGGACGGAGUUCCAGCUGCACAUGCACAACCUUGACGUGAUGGUGCACUGCUCCAAGCUCGUGUCUCUCACGAACACCGCGGGGACGGUUCUGAAAGCACGGCCGCGAUGUGUCCCGACGGGAUCGACAGCGCACAUCCGCAUCACCUGCCAGAGACCCAUCUGCCUGGAGAAAUACGGUGACUGCCGCGCGCUGGGGCGCUUCGUGUUGCGGCAAAAGGGAGCCACUGUGGCGGUGGGACUUGUCUUGGACACGGAAAUCAGAUAGGGGGGAAUAGGCGGGGGGUUCAUAGGGUGGGGACGGGGCAACUCGUUUGUUGCUCUUUGGUUGUUCCCCGGUGGACAUUCAGGACCACACAGACGUAAUCUAGUGUAUGGGCACACGCCGCAUCUCCAUUAAGCUGGGGAUGUGGGCGGCGGGGAGCUCGUAAGAGCACUUCGGGGACCGGUGUUCCUCUUGGAGCGAUUGGCCGCUCAACCAAACACGCCAGCCCCGUUUGGGGUUUUCCGCUUGCAGGUUUACUUGUGGGGCACGGCGGCCCUAGCGUGCUCUCGGAACCCCGUGUACUGACCGAGUGUACCUAGCUGCUGCGGGCGUGUGUUCUUAUAUCGGAUACUGGGGUUUGUGGGGAAUUCGUCGGAAGAAGCGGCGCAUUUUGCGUGGCGCACGCCUUUCCCUGUCCUUUCCUCUCGCGAGACUUCCACCCAAUUUUGAAUUGCUGUGUGGUGGGUCGGGGCACGAUGAUGUCGUGCCUAGACUAGACUGAUCGGCGACAAGUAGACACGCUUGGAAUUUUGCCUGUUGAUUGUCAAACUGCUCGUGUAAUCAAGAACACUAGGUGCCACGUUCUGGACUAUCGCAUCAUACCUCUGGAUUUGUCUCUUUUAUGUAGGUCAGCACCACUUAUAGUUUGCGUGGGUUUAAGAAGUGCCGUACGUACGUGUCCAUCCAGACCGAUGAAGUACUUGGUGUGUUCGUGCUAUUGAUAAAUUGGCAUUUCUAGUCUCGGCAAGAACGAAAAGCGUCUAGUUCCGAAGUUAGCUUGAUGACGUGUGUAACAGCAGUGUCUUCUCGAGAGUUGAUGCCUUGUCUUCUCGAGUCUCUCUUCAUUUUAGUCUUACCUCUCUCUCUCUGCAUUUUCGCCGUGAGGGUCCCAAUAACAUCGAACGCCAACGGCAAUCGUUUUGCAUCUUGCUGAGUAUUCUAGGAGGCUAGCUACCCGUGUACCCGGCUGCUGCAUGGGAGGCGAUGGGCGCCGCCUCUUUCCGUCAAGCAAUGCGCAUGGCCCCUACGGUUCGCCGCACAUGCAGUGCUGUGUGACAGCUUUCAGCGGCUGAGAGCGGCGACGGUGUUUUUCGCCGUAGGGCCCUAGAACAACGCGAACCUCGACUGUUUCAUUGAUUUGGGGUUCCCCACUCACCCACAGUUCGGCUCACGUUUGCAGGCCGUGUGCAAUCAAAAUUGGGACAAUAUGCUCUAUUUCUGGUACGCGAGCAGAGGGCAUGAGUAUGACCACACGCCAUUGGCUGCAGUUUGUGGAUGUCGACGGCUUGAGGCCUCUCUCUGGCAUGCGUUUUGAACUGGUCACAAAUGCAGCAGAGCAAUGUGGCAGGGUUGACAUUUUCGGCUCGUGUGCGGCCAACACGACGCAGAACGCCCUGAAUUUUAGAUACCUGCAGGGUUUGUGCAUGACCUCAUGAUGCUGGCCUCUGUUUGGCCAGCAGACGGUGUAGUUUCUCGUUGUGGCACGAUGUGGGUGUGACCAGGGGGUACCCCCCCCAUUUCUAAUAGCGAUAUUCC